GCCUUGGGGCUCAAGACUAACGGGGUAUGUAGAUUGGUAUGUCAUCAACCCCUAUUUUCUUUUUGGAAACAACCCAUAUCGAGGGACUCAAAUGGGGACAUCUAGCGGUCAAUGAUAUUAUUGCAGAAUUUGGUCAGCCACGUUACUGUUGCAGUGUAACUUUUAGGCUAUUGUCUCUUCCACCGUGUCUCCGCAACCAUUACUCAUUAUGAACGUAACGAACGAUGAACACCCCAAGGCAGUUCUCCGUGGCCUGAACGAACUGAGGGAGCAGGCAGAGCUGACUGACGUGGUUCUGGAAGUGGAAGGGAGAAGUUUCCCCUGCCAUCGCGCCGUCCUGGCCUCCUGCAGUCCUUACUUCCGUGGCAUGUUCACCAGCGGCUACGCGGAGGCCAAACAGGAGAGGAUCAGCAUCCAGGGUGUCAGUGAGGUAGCCAUGGCAACCAUUCUCGGCUAUGCCUACACCGGCUGCCUACAGAUGGAGCCAGACCAGGUCCAGGCUGUGAUGUCUGCAGCCAGACUGCUACAGGUGGAUUUUGUAUGCUGUAAGGCUGCAGAAUACAUGAAGAACCAUCUAGACGUGUCCAACUGCUCAGAUGUGUUGAUGUAUGCUGACAUGCUGGGGGACCAGGCCCUGAUGGAGUCCUGUAGUACGUAUAUCGCAUCCAGGUUCAACCAGGUGUCACUGCAAUCAUCCUUUCUCCAGUUACCACUUCCCCUGCUGCAACCACUGCUCAACAGGGAUGAUCUCAUGACCAACUCAGAAGACGACGUUGUGCAUGCAGCUCUAAGGUGGAUUGAGUUUGAGAAAGAACGCUUGCAGAACCUUCCUGUCCUCUGCAGUUCCUUCCGUCAUUCCUUUAUUAGCAGGGAAAUUCUCACAGAGCUUGAGAGCAAGCGUCCGUCAACAGACAUCAAGUUGGUAUACAGCGACAGUACAGCCCAGCGGUUAGGACAGACACGUACUGAGAUGCAGAUUUUUGUUAGGCGCGACUGGCUGGAGAUUGCUUCCCCUUAUUCUGCUCCAUGCUACGACCCUUUGAGUCCCCCACAGAGACUUCGUUGGAAUAAAAUUGCGGACGCACUUGGAUACCCAGUGGACCGACAGGUUGUCGUAUACGAGCGGCGCAUCUACAGUCUCGUGGAGAGGUACGAGACUGAGGCAUUCGUACAUGUGUACAGCCCUGAAGACAACACAUGGAAACCCUCUGACGAGCUAUACAACAACAGUGAGGACAGCAGUUCAGACCAGGAGAGUGCUGAUGGUGACGGAGACAGGGAGGUUGGAAAUGAUGAUGGGGACACCUGA